CACUCGCUCGUACAAAUCAUGCUUGUUCAACAACAAUGCGUCGUUGACUUUAAAUUCUUCAGAUAAAAUGAUCAAUGGCAAACCAAAUCUCCAGUCCCCAUAUCCAAGGGACUCGAGUUCAUCCGGGAUCCGGUUUCCAAAUAGUGUGUCUGUACGACCCACUAGUCCCGUUUACACGGUGGUUACUGAGGAAGAAGAACGCUUUCUUGUUGCUUCAUCUUUAGCUAAUAAAAGCGGGUACAACAAAGGCGUCGUGUCUGGCAUAAAGACCACCUCAGUUCCCUGUGUGGUGUCCUCUUUGUCCAACAACAACUCAUUGAGUCGCAGGUCUUGUCCUAACUCCUACGACUGUUGUCCUAGCAAGUCCUAUGACUGGGACGAGCGAAGGAUACUCGAGAACAAGAAAGCGAGGACAAAAUUGCUCUCAGGAUACGAUAGUGAACGAGAACUUGAAGAAAAUACGCUUCAUUCUAAAAACUGCACUUUGAAAACUGACAAAAACUGCCACAAAAACGGCGAGACUCGAGAGUGUGCGGCAAAACGUCGCGUAAAAGAGAAUUUAGAUCACGAACAACAAUUUAAAAGCCUCAGAAGUGGCAAGAAAUCUAGGGACCUUGAUAAUUCAAGUGAAUGCAGGGAAUGUUAUCUUCAAAAUUCGAAGAAUUCUUCAAACUUCGUUCCGAAUCCUAGCAGUGUUGUGUCAGGAAAAGAAGUUUCUUCGCCUUCAUCCCCAGUUGGCAAUCCCCAGCUGUCCGUAUCCCCGAUUGUGAGGCUCACUCCCCUCACUCACUCCGGAGGUAGACCUAAGACAGAUGUGUCCGGAAUCCACGCAAAAAGCGGAACUAUGGUAAACGGAUGCCUGAAGUCGAACGCAUCUGCCCCCCAAACUGUAACUUUCCCCAGCGAAAUUUCUCCCCAGACCAGCAAUUUUUCCCCAAACCCUAGCAAAAGAGUAGCUUUCCCCAACAAAACUGCAACUUUCCCCAGCGAACUUUCCCCAGUUGUAAGCGAAUUCUCCGAUGAUCAAAUUUUUCGGGAUUCCAACGUAGACGCGACGCCCUACGAAGACGACAGCUGUGACCGACUGGGAGCGUCGCCCCCUGAUGGACCGGUCACCUCGAACGCUGUGGCGGAGGACCAAGCUUUUGGUAAACCUUUGAACGACGACCAAACUGCUGCACAUAAACGAACGAUUUACGGUACAGAUGUAACCGUCUUGCUAUCCUCCGUAAUCAGCAGGAGUGUUAGUUAUCUCAAGGAUAAAUUUUUCUCCAGUGAUGCGUUGAAGGAUAACGAUAAUGGGUCUGAAAUGCCGGGACCGGGGCCUUUGAAUGAGCCUAGAGCUGCAGAAGUGAGGGGAAAGGGCAAAGAAAAUGGGAUCAUGACGAGAGGAAAAGAGAAUAAAGUUGAUAACGAUGACGUGGGUCAUUCAAAGCCAACAUCUGCAUCGAUUCAAAAUGACGAAACGGAUGAUGAAGAUGAUGUAGAAAUCUCCGAUGAUGGCGGCCAGUCAGGGUCCGAUCAUUGGAGUGAUUUGGAUGAUAACGAUCAUUGGAGUGAUUUGGAUGAUAACAAUUCAGUGCCGCCUAUUAAAAGAAGAAAAAGAAAUCGUUGUGCUAUAAGAGCCUGUUUGUCCGACGAGUGUAAAGAACUUGGCAACCUACAUGCGCUGCUAACUCUUAACCCUCCUGUCCCUGGCCGCAUCACGCGUAAAACUUUCCACAAACUUUCUUCCCGUCACCAAAAUAAAGGAAUUAAACGGUUAAAACAUUCUCAAAAUCAUAAACUUCGUUUGAAUCUUGAAAGAAAACUCUUGCAGGCAAAUAAAGAUGAAAGAACAGGUAUGGGAAAAUCAUUAUAUGUUGAUUCUUCUUCGUGUCAAAAAGAACAAACAGGUUCAGACAAUGUUGAAAAUUCAACAAAAUUUCCCACUCAAACCGAACAAAAUAUUAAUUCUACAGCAACAAAUAAGAAUUCCAGCUCUAAUGAAAGUUGCGUCGAUGAACUUUCACUUAAGUUAACUGAAUCAAUAAUUACGAACUUGACCAACGGCGCCUUAGGAGAGGCGUUCGCCUGUUCAGUGCAACUAAACUGUCCGCGCCUUUGGGAUAGUGUUAACGUUGUGGAAAACGGUAAUAACGCCGUGGAAAACGGUGAUAACCUCGUAGAAAACGGUGAUAACGUUGUGGAAAACGGUUAUAGACGGGAUAGAGACGGCCGUUUUUUAUCUAGCCCUGGGCGGGAUAGAGACGGGGCUUUUUUAUCCAGGCCUGGGCGGGAUGAAGGCGGCCGUUUUUUAUCCAGCCCAGGACGAGAAAAAAGCGACUUUUCCAAAGCACCAAACACCUCGAGGUCCCCGAAGUCCCCCAGCAUUAUGGACUCCCUCAGGAGGAGGACAAAGAAACACGUGGACCAAGAACCUCCCAUCACGUGGACCACAAGCUCUGUCCCAGGUUCUGAAUCCCCGCGAUGCAGUUCCCCAUUUCAAAUAAUCCUUGAACCUGGGGGAAUGGUUUCUAGGAUUUUUGAUGGUCCUGGGGAUGCCAUUUCUAAUGGCAGAUCAAUCCAAUCCCCCGACACUGCGGUUGAUAUUAGCCCCAAAUGGAAGCUGCGGAGACCGACUCAUGAUGGUAGAUUCUCUUCACCAUCAAAGUGCAAUGCCGAGGGCAAUUCUCACUAUUCAAGCACCGGUUCUCACUAUUUAGGCGCCGGUUCUCACUAUCCAGGCUCCGGUUCUCACUAUCCAGGUGCCGGUUUUCAAAAUUCAGGCUCCGACAAUCAAGGUUCUUCGCCUAGUCCAAGGGGUCAACCGCGCAAAGCAGAUGUGGACCGACUUUGCGGAUCUGCGGUUCCCGAUAGUGCUUCUAAAAAGACCGGAAAGCGGAAACGUCUGCCUCAGGAGCUGAAGAACUUGAUAUCUGAUGAGUUUAAAGAAUUCCGGCAGUCGGGCUUUCAUCCCGUUGAUGUGGUGGUGGCCCAGGUAGGGGACGGGCUGUCCGAAGACCGUCCCGAGUCGACAACUGGGACCAGGACCGAGCUGUCUCCUGAAAAUUCCUGCAAUUCUCAAGCCAGCAAUACAGAGAAUAGCUCAUUUAAUACCUCCUCUAAUACCUCUUCUAGCUCAUCCAGUGCUUCGCCGUUCAAACGUCAAGUUGCUUUUAAACGAACUCGUCCUUCUUGGUUGUGGAAACGAAAAGCCACUGCGUCGGGCCACAGCGGCGUGCUAGGAACCACUGCUUCGGACCACAGUGGCGUGCUAGAAGCCACUGCUUCGGACCACAGCGGCGUGCUAGGAACCACUGCGUCGGACCACAGCGGUGCAGAUAAUAAAGCUGUGGUCCCUGGUAGUGCGUCUAUGAAGACCGGAAAGCGGAAACGUCUGCCUCAUGAGCUGAAAAAUUUGAUAUCUGAUGAGUGGAAGGAAUUCCGGCAGUCUGGCUUUCAUCCCGUUGAUGUGGUGGCCCAGGUAGGGGAUGGGCUGCCCGCAGACCGUGCCGGGUCGAAAACUGGGACUGGAUCCGGUCUGUCGUCCAGAACCGGAAAAUGUCCCGAGUCGAAAAUUGGGACCGUGACUUCGCACCGCGCUAGUGAUGAUGACAGCAUGGAUGGCUAUGAGACGGACACUGAGGAAGGUGAUCAGAGUGAAACUGAAAAGUCUUUUGGGAGAAAGACCAAGACACGACGUUUCGGUUCCCGGGAGAAUGAUUUUUCGGUGCCGCGACCGAUCCCGGAGUCUGUUCGGGAUCGGUCUUAUUUUUCUAAUAUUAAAUCCGAUGUAACAAGUAAGAAAUCUGAUGUAAUCAUUAAUAGAUCUCGUGUUAUAAGUAAUAGAUCACAUGCCUCCACCGAAAGAAACCACCGUCCGGUGAAGGAUAGAAGGAUCUUGACGAGCGAUUCGGACAGUUCAAGUUACAGCGACUCAGACUCCGACGAAGAUAUUUCCAAAACAAUGAAGGACUCUCAGAAAAAGAAGACAAACUAUAAACCAAAACGUAUUCCCAACGAAGUGCGGAACUUGAUCAAGGACGAGUGUAAGGAGUUUAAGGCUCAUGGGUUCCAUCCUAUAGACGUGGUCACUCGUCUCGCGCCCUCGUCCAGCUCCGAGGACGAAGAGUCCUGGGAAAAUUUAGCUUUGACGACGAGGAAAAAGCAUACAAUGGACAAGGUCGAGGACGAUGAGACUGGAAAUUUAACGAAAAUAAUGGCGUUGAGACCGAAGAAAAGAGAUAUUAACUAUGAUGAUGAGGCCCGAGUCCGGGCCGAUGUGGUCGAAGUCCGGGACGAUGAAGAUAAGGUCCCGGACAGAAAAGGAUACAGUGGACAGUUCGGGACGGUACAGGUCCGGGACCAUGACCACGAAGUCCGGGACGAUGAUACCAGUUCUGGGACCGACGAUACAGAUCCUCCGAGUUAUCCUACGACCAACGCUAGUAAACCAAGGAUACCGCGCGAGCUGAAGAAUUUACUGAAGGAUGAAUACAAGGAAUUUAGAGACCGUCUUAAUCUUCAGAAAAUAAACCUGAGUAAAAAAGAAUUCCUAACGCCAUUAUCAUCGGAGACCACAACAAAUGGGUCAGACGGACACACUUUUGUAAACCUGCACUCAAAAAGAACACCGCAAUCCCUUGAGAGAAAUUCGGUGGUAAGCAACUCUCAUAAAACCUUACAAGAGACUCACAGAGGAUGGCAGUUCUCACGUAAUGCCACUAAAAGUGGCAUGGCAUGCCACGACGAUGGCAUGUAUGCCACACCGCGCGGCCUACACCGCAUGACGCUUAAAGAGGAGAAUGCCAUGUGUGUUGUGAGUUACGUUCUGCCUCACAUUAUGUGAGUUAUGUUCUGCCUCACAUUAUGUGAGUUAUGUUCUGCCUCACAUUAUGUG